AUCAGUAUUUUGUUGUUUUUUACUCUGUCUGAACUCUAAAGCACCUAAAUGUAGUACUAAGUUGUAACACAAUGAUGAUAUUUAAAAUUAAUCACAAUUUUUAAAAUAUGUUUAAAAGUUUUAGGCACGUCAGUAAAAUAAAUGGAUACCAUUCAGACAUUAACUUGUGAAUAUAAUCUAAAGGAAGUGCUGAAAUCAAAUGAAUGUGAACCAACUAAUUUUAGAAAUGACUCUCACUCUGUAAGAAUUCUAGAAGAUUUACAAUAUCUACGCAAAAAGGAAGUUUUAUGUGAUAUUAGAUUUAAAGCAGAUGAUGGUAAAAUUGUAAUUGGACACAAAAUUGUUUUAAUAGCUGCUAGUCCAUAUUUCCGUGCAAUGUUUAGUAAUUUUGAUGAGAGCAAUAAAAAUCUUGUUACUAUAAGAGAAUUAGAUUCCACCAUUUUACAGCUAUUAAUAGAUUAUAUUUAUACUGGAGAAAUUAUGGUCACAAAAGAAAAUGUGCAGGGGUUGUUACAAGCUGCAAAUAUCUUACAGCUAUAUUUUGUAAAAAGUGUAUGUGCUGAGUUUUUACAAAAACAACUGGAUCCAUCAAAUUGUAUUGAUAUCAAAACAUUU